AAAUUAGUAAAAUUACUUCUAUGUUAUGUUUUUCACCCCCGCCGACAUACGGUUUUAAUUUUUGUUUAUAUUUUAAAACAAUUUAUAAAAUGAUUAAAUGGCGGGAAGUUUGUCGGGCAGGUUGGCGCUUAUUACUGGAGCUGCAAGUGGAAUAGGAAAAGCUGUGUGCGAGUUGUUUUCUAAGGAGGGUGCUAUUGUAAUAGGUGUUGGUUUAGGUGAUGUUUCAGGAGUGAUCAGUAGCUUAAAAGAAAGGUUUGAUGAAAAGCACUUAAGCUUGGUUGUUAAUGUCUCUCAAAAUAAGCAGGUUGAAGAUCUUGUAAAGGAGAUAUGUAAGAAAUAUUCUAGACCACCAUGUAUUGUUGUAAAUUGUGCUGGAAUCACACGAGAUGCGCUCAUGGUUAAAAUGAGUGAAGAAGAAUUUGAUGAUGUAAUAGAUGUUAACUUAAAGGGCACAUUUCUAGUUACAAAACAUGUUGCUGCAGAGUUAAUUAAAAGUAAAGUAAGGAAUGCAUCUAUCAUUAAUAUUGCAAGUAUUGUGGGUAAGAUUGGAAAUAUUGGUCAAACUAAUUAUGCAGCAUCAAAAGCUGGCGUUAUAUCACUUACUAAAUCAGCUGCAUUGGAAUUAUCGAGAUACAAUAUUCGUUGCAAUGCAGUUUUGCCAGGGUUUAUUGAAACAAAUAUGACUCAAAAAAUCCCUCAAAAUGUUAAAGAAAAGGUUAAAGCCAUGAUUCCAUUAGGAUAUUUUGGUCAAGCAGACGAUAUUGCAAGAACUUGUUUGUUUUUGGCAUCAGAACAAAGUCGUUACAUUACUGCUGCUGCUAUUGAAGUUUCAGGUGGUCUUGGUGCCUAAAGUUCAGUCAUUGGCUUUUCCAGUCGUAAAAAGUAGUUUUUAUUUGUAAUUUGUAAUUAAUCGCCACAAUUUUUAAAUAAAAUUUAUCAAAGAA